AUGAUGCGGUGGAUGCCGGAGAGAUCCGUGGCUGACUGGAGUUUGUCGAUGAUGGCGGCCUCCGUAUCGCGUUCCAUUGCAGCGGCGGCGGGUGAGGACGGCAGUGUUGGGAUGACUCUAUCGAAGACGAAGAAGAAAGGACGAGAGCAUAAAGAAAAUGUGGUGAGCGCGAUACGAGAUGCUGCGGAGAAGUACGCAUCGGCUUAUGUUUUCACUUUCGCGAACAUGAGGAAUCUCAAGUUCAAGGAGUUCAGGGAACGGCUGAACUCGUCAAGCAGUUUGGGUUCGAACAAGGUUAUGCAGAUUGCAUUGGGUAGGUCUGUUGCUGAUAAGAUCAAACCAGGCAUUCACAAGGUCUCAAAGCUUAUGCGAGGAGAUUCAGGACUUUGUUUCACUAGUUUGCCUAAAGAACACAUUCAAAGAUUAUUUGGUGAAUAUGAAGAUUAUGACUUUGCUAGGACUGGAAGCGCUGCAACAGAGACGGGGCUGUGGAGCUUGUGUCAGACUGUUCUGUGUGAAGAAGGAAAACAAUUAUCACCGGAAUCAGCUCGUAUUCUGCGUCUUUUGGGAGUCAAGAUGGCCACCUUCAAACUUCACUUGGUAUGCCGAUGUAGCUUGGAGGACUUUGAGGUUUACAAAGAAGGGUUGGCAGAUACUGUAGCGGGGGAGAGGUUGAUUAUCAUAUGUGUUGUGUUCUUUUAAGGGGUCUUAAAAUUAUCGGCUUCAGGAUCGGAAAAUUGCCUGUUUUUGAGUGUAUCGUGUGUUUUCAAUGUAAAUUCAUUUUUUGCUGUCCAGAUUGUGGCAGUAGGUUGGCUUGCAAAGUAUCAAUGCUGUAACCGUGGGGUUUCAUUUCUUUUUUCUCUCAUAAAUCAACAGUGUAUAAACAGAUGAGAAGUUCUUAAUUAGCUCUGAGUACAUGUUUGGUUGAAACAGUGGUAAAAUGAG